AUGAACUGCGCCACUCCCACCUCUUCCUCCCUUCUGCCUGUGAACCCGAUGGCUUCGUCUUCCUCCUCCACCCAUGUAUCCAGUCUUGAGUUGCUUCCUUGCCUUCCUGGAGGCAACACUUUGAUCCCUCCCCUUUUCAUAUCUGCACGCUGCCGCUUUCAGAAUUACUGUGCCCAUCCAAUUGAAGGUCUUCCGCCAUGCAAGGUUGGCCCUGAGGCUGUGUUUCCAUCCACAAAUAUUGAAUCUGGACAUUAUUUUGCAGGUUGUGGUAGGGCACCAUAUUCCACCCGAGUGGAAGCACUCCUGGAAACAGCAGUGGCAGCCAUGUCGGCGGGUAAGUGGGACCCUUAG